CAAACUCAGCAAUCAAAAAAUGUCAAACCAAUCAAAUCAACAUCCUUCUAGUUCUCAAUCACUUGAUUUGAUCACCAUCUCAUCAUCUCCUAUUCCCAAUCAAUCUAUCAAUCUAUUCUCUCCAUUAAACAGUUUUAUCAACAAAAUCUCAUCUUGGAGAGAUUCUUUAAACUUACCUGAACCUGGUACAUAUGAACAAGUAGGUAGAGAACUCAAAGGUGUUCAUUUAACUAAUUAUAUCUUUGAUGGAGCAAGAGCUGAAUUAUCUAAAGCUUUAUCAUUAAACCCUGCUUUUAAUGUGACCCAUAGUUUUAGUUUGGGUGCUCAAGGUGGUUCGGCUGCCAUGGGUGGUACUAAUCCUGGUUCAUACAACUUUGGUGCAAUGUAUGCGACAAACAAAAUCUUUGCUCAAGGUAGUCUUGAUAAUGAUGCUACUUUGAUGGGUCGAUUGAAUUAUAGAUGGCCAACAGAACAAGAUAUUUCAAAAUUACAAAUCCAAUGGCCUACUUCUACUUCUUCACCAUCUGUUACUCAAUUAGAACAUGAUCGAAGAGGUCAAGAUUAUAGUUUAUCAUUUAAGAUCUACAAUCCUAAUCCGAUUGAUAAAUCUGGUAUCUUCAUCACUCAAUACUUACAAUCAUUACAUUCUAGACUAUCAUUCGGAAUCGAAUCAGUUUGGCAAAUCCAACCUCCAAUGGAAGAUGCAAGUUUAUCUUAUUUAUUAAAAUGGACUUCUUCUAAAAAAGAUUGGAUCUCUACUUUAAAUUUAUCGGGUCAAGGAAUCUUACAAGCUACUUAUUGGCAAAAGUUAUCGGAUAAGGUCGAGGCUGGUUUAGAUUUAGUUUGUUUACCUCAUCCUUCACCUUCUGAACGAAAAGCUUUGACAACCUUUGGUGUACGUUAUGAUUUACGUCAAGCUACUAUUCGGUCUCAAAUCGAUUCACAUGGUAAGGUUUCAAUGUUGUUAGAACAAAGAAUCGCUCCUACUUUUACUUUUUCGAUUGCUGGUGAAUUAGAUCAUUUCAAGUCUCAAUCUAAAUUUGGAAUCGGAAUCCAACUUGAAUCUUCACCAUUAGAUGAAACUGCUUUACAAGGUGUCACACCUCCCACACCACCCAUGUAAACUUGAUGAAAGAACUCUCUCUCAAAUCAAUCCAAAUUAAUGUCUCAAUGGGAAUAAAAAAUCUUUAUAUGAAAUAUAUCAAUCCCCCAUGAAACCUAUUGAUUCUUUAGAAAACCUUAUAGAUUGUUUUCAUUUUGUUCUCCUUGCUUUUUGGGUUGCAAUCUAUGAUUUUGUUUUUGGUUGUAUG